AUGGCAAAAGGUAGCUCAAGUCCCGCUAAAACAAAGAAGUCAGCAGCCGCUCCUGCUCAUCCCAAAUAUGAAGAUAUGAUUCGAGAUGCUAUUGUCGCUUUGAAGGAACGUAAAGGAAGCAGCCGUCAAGCUAUCAAGAAAUACAUCUUGACCACAUACAAACUUCCCGACAACUCCACAACAAACAACCGUCUCCGAUUGGCUAUCAAUAGAGGGGUCGAAAAGGGAAUUUUCUCUUUUCCCAAUGGUCCAAGCGGUACUAUCAAACUUGUAAAGAAAGAAGCGGUUAAGAAGGAAAAGAAAGAACCCGAGAAGAAGGAAAAACCCAAGAAGGUUGAAAAGAAGGAAACCAAACCAAAAGUUGAAAAAGUAACCAAAAAGACGACAACCAGAAAAGCGCCCGUUAGAAAGGCAGCAGCCGCCUCGACUAAAAAAGCGGCAGCCAAACCAAAGAAAGCCACGACCACCUCUUCAAAAAGAGGCAAAGCUUCCACAACCAAGAAAGUUGCGGAAAAGAAAACUGGAACCAGAAGGAGGGCAGCUGCAUCAUCUUAA